UUGGCUCGUGGGUCGUCGGGUGGCGGAGAAGCGAAGGACACGUCUCCCCGCUCCUGGCCGCGUGUUUACUGGGGACGGAGGGCCGACCACGCCACGACGCCAUCCCCCUUCCCAAUUCCAACUCUAACUUCAUCUCAAAUCUCUCCUCCUCCUCCUCCUCCUCAUUUUCAAUGGCGGAGUCCUCCAGGCGCCCUGCCGGCGAGCCCCGCGAGAUUGAGGUGGAACUGGAGGAGUUCCGCUGGGUGGGGGAGGCGGCGAUGGGGAUUCCAGCGGAUCGGUUCGCCCAGGUGUUUGAUCUUAUGCAGGUCGGGAACCGGGCCUUUCGGGAGAGGAGGUUCGAGGAGGCCAUUGCUUCUUACUCGAGAGCUCAAUUUCUAAAACCAGAAGAUCCUGUCAUUCUAAGUAAUAGAAGUACUGCUUUCUGCAGGAUUAGUCAACUUCUGAGAGAACGACCUGCAGUUGAAUCUGAGAAUCAACCAUUAUAUGGGCUUGAUCCUACAACACAUGCUGAGCUUGCAUUGAAGGAUGCUGAGAAAGUGAUAAAUAUCUGGAGUAAUUCACCUAAGUCAUAUUUUCUGAAGGCCAAUGCUCUCAUUCUGCUUGAGCGGUAUGAGGAGGCACGCGAAACCCUUCUUGCAGGUCUUCAAGUUGAUCCUCUUAGCUAUUUGCUCCAGACGUAUCUUCGGGAUUUGGAUAAUACUACAACUGCAUCACUUAAAAAGGCCAGAUGCUGGAAACCGCAGCUUACCGGUGACUUUGAAUGCACGCUGUGUCUUAAGUUAUUCUAUGAACCAGUCACUACUCCUUGUGGGCAUUCCUUUUGUCGCUCUUGCCUGUAUCAAUCUAUGGACCAUGGCAAUAAGUGCCCAAUGUGCCGGACAGUUCUAUUUAUCGGUCCUAGAACAUAUCCUAUUAGUGUGACAUUGAACAGCAUUAUAGAGAAAAACUUUCCCAAGGAAUAUGCUGCGAGAAAGUCCGACCAUGAAAGUUUGAUUCACUUAGGUGCUGACAUAUUGCCUCUUUUUGUCAUGGAUGUUGUCCUUCCGUGUCAAAAAUUGUCACUUAAUAUAUUUGAACCUCGCUACAGACUCAUGGUGAGGAGGGUGAUGGAAGGGAAUCAUCGGAUGGGAAUGGUUGUUGUUGAUCCUACGACAGGUUCUAUUGCUGAUUUUGCUUGUGAAGUGGAAAUUCUUGAGUGUGAGCCACUCCCAGAUGGACGGUUUUAUUUAGAGGUAGAAGGUCGUAGGCGGUUUCAUAUCUUACGAGCAUGGGAUCAAGAUGGGUAUCGGGUGGCAGAAGUUGAAUGGAUUCAGGAUAUACUUCCUCCAGAAGGUUCUCAAGAAAAAGAGGAAUUGCAGCAACUGGCUAGUGGAGCAGCAUCACAGGCUAGAAUGUGGAUCAGGCAUGCAAGAAAUACUGCACGAAAUGGAAGGAGGUCAAGGCAAAUGGAGCAUCGUGAAGCUGAAGGCAUGCCUGGACCACAGGAUCCAGAGCGAUUUAGUUUCUGGCUUGUUAACUUGUUAAACUUAAGGCCAUCAGCAAGGUUGGAACUAUUGCGUUUGAGAGACACUCGAGAGAGGAUAUCACGUGGGCUCACCUUUCUGAGAGCUGCAGAAGAAGGCUGUCAAGUCCAAUAACAAAAUGUUCAGCUAACUGUAGUAUUUCAUGAUCACAGAUGGAUGCAAGAGAUAGGACAGAUGAUUAGGCGAAAACAAGAUUUUUUUUUUUAAUCUUUUGUUGAGAAUUGCUCUGGGACUGUCACUUUCUAAUUUGCAUCAGAACCUCUCCUUGGUGCAAGUGCUGAGGAGUGAGGAGAGAGGUGCUAACCUGCUGACUGAAGCACCUAUUGAUAAGAACAAAAGAAUAACGAGUCCAUAAUGAGGGAGGAGUAUUUUUCUAUAAUUAGGAUUUAUUGGAGGCAUAAUGCCUUUAAUCACCCAACUGUUAUGUGAGAAUAGAGGGAAGAAAUAUAUUUA